AUGGCAUCACAGGGACCAACUCCGUUUACUUGCACCUUUUGCUUCCAGCCUUCCGACGGGCCCCCACACGCCAUUGGCCGGGGAGCCCGCCUGAGCUGCUCGCCCUGCUACGCCGCGCUGAUCGACCUCGCCAUCUGUGUGCCUUUGCUGGACCUCUUCGACGAGCGUCGCGAUGCCGAUACUUAUGAGAGGAGCACAGCCUGCACGGUUGCUGGGACGGCGGGCAAGGGGAACAUGAGAGAGGUCGAGGUGCCGCCGCGUUGUGCUGCGUGCUAUCUUGGUACGGAGGGGGAGGAUGUUGUGCAGAAGGGAUUGAGGAGGGUUGAAAAGGUUGAUGGCGGACUAAGUCGCGCGAGAUGGGAUUCUGGGGAGGGUAGAGCUGGACAGUUGAGGAGGGCUCCGGCAUAUAUCCGAUCUCUCAGCCGAGAUUCGUCGUCGUUGCGCAGAAUAGGAGACGGGUCUCAUGACGAGAGCAGAGGGCAUCUGGCAACGCCGCGUGCAGACUCUACGAUAUACGUCUCCAUCAACGACCCGAUGGGCCAACCUGCAUUCAAGCCAAGUCCUACGAAGCCGAUACCUAUCUGGAUGCAGCCGUUCCGGGAUGUCGAGCAAGCCGUCAACGAAGAGCAAAGAGCACCUCUUGCUUCUCAUCCUCUAGUAGACCUUUCGCAAACCCCGGCGACAUCAACGUCCGGGACCCCUACAAUGCGGUCGACGAAAUCACUUACGCCGACCAUGAGACCAACUACGCCUGUAGGCUCCACCUCACCACCGCAAACACCGCCUAGGUCCCGUUCAAUCUGGACGCCGUCAGAGAUCCGACGAGCUCCGCCCCUCUCGUGGGUCAGCAACGAGCCCCUCAAGCGACCCUCUUCUCGUUUUGCGUCCCGCCUCGAAAAGUCGGAUGCGACGACCUCGUCGGGUUAUGUCACUCCUCCCGAGAGGCCCUCCGAGCAGCAGUCGCGGUACAACACCCCACCGCCGCCGCAGCUACGACGCAAGCGGCCGCAGAGUCCACUAGUACCUGCUCGCGUCCCACGGCGCCACGCCGUGGGUCGAACGCCUCCGCCUCAGUCAUCCGAAUACCUAGAAAGGUACAAUCCCAUACGGUCCCCAUCACCGCGGCCGCGGAUCGCACAGCCCGUCGUGGCGGCCUUUGGUCAAGCCAGUCGUGCCAGGGCCAGCUUGGCGCUAUCCCGGGAUACAGCUGACGCAACGGAGGACGACGGCAGUGGUCCGGGUCCAAAUUCGAAUCAGAGCGCGGAGAGACUCCUCUCGGACGGAGCCGAUUCACCCGGCGAGGUAGGGAAGAAGAGGAACAUGCAAGCUUUAAGGAAGCUGUUUGGGAAGUGA